AUGACACUGAUGGACGAUCUACCAAUUUGUGAUUGGCUCCUGCAGAACUCUACAUCUAAUGUAUUGGAGUUAGACGAAUACCCUGGCCUUAACCAACCAACUGAUUUGGGACCAAUCGUCCCUUCAACAACUGAAAACUUUACUAGAGUUAAACGCCGUCUCGUUGACUAUAGCUCAUCACCCGAUGUUUCUGACUUAGAAAUGUUAGAAAAUCCACAUGGAGCAGCAACACAGGUGGGAGAACACUGUGCUUCACCUUCUUUAAUUCCCGAAAAUGACGUUUUAUUGGUAAGUGCGAAUGACGAACCACUUCUAGACAAUGAGGAUACUUAUAAAAUAGAUUUGGGAGUUCCAAGUUGUUCGGGAUUACAUAGACCUAUUCGUCCAAGCUCGAGUUCUGACUCCACAAUUUCUGAUUUAGAUACUUUAGUUCAUAUGACUCCCUUUAAAAAAUGCGCAGCUGAAGACGUAUAUAGUUACUCGUCAGCCGAAGAUGAUGAUAGUCAGUAUUUUAUAUCUAAAGGGCAAAUAACACCUAAGAAACUUAUUAUUAGUUCCUCAUAUGAAAUGUACAAAACAAAGGCUGAGAACUUCAGUGUCUCAGAUGGAGAUUAUAAUAUUAAUUUAAAGAAACAAAGUAAUAAGACACCAUUCCAAAUUUUUUUGCCAACUCCCAAUUAUGCACAAGUUAAAACAAAAGGACAGCAUAAGAAAGCGAUGAACUAUAAAGGACAAAGAAUAACUAAGGAUCUAUUUUCAGAAAAAAGUGAGAAACAACAAAAAAAUAAAAUAAAUAGCAAGGUUGAUGCUAAAACAAAUAAACAACAGAAGAAGAAUAUAUUAGAUAAGAAAAAUCCUAACACUAAUGAAGUAAACACUAAGAAAAAAGUUUUAAAGUGUAAAGAUAUAACGAAAAAACAACAGAGAAAAAAGAAGCAAAUAAAUGAAGGAAAAGAUGAUACCGAAGAGUGGUACUGCUAUGCAUGUUUUGAAAACAAGAAGUUAGAUAUGCGUCAAUGUGGAAUUUGUAAAAGAUGGUACCACGAAGAGUGUGUAGGACUAUCGAAAUGUGAUAAAGAAUUUAUUUGUUCCGAGUGUUAA